AUGUUCUUUUUCCUGUCUCUCGUGUUCCAGGCGGUUGAGUUCUCCACUCGCUUCCUGCUCAAGCUCCCUGUGGAUUUCAGCGACAUCACCGUCUAUCUCCUCAAGGAUACAUUGUUGGACCCUGGGGAAGACGUGGCCCUUCUCUCCGUAAGCUUCAAAGACGCAGAGGCAACCCAGGUGUUCUUUAAACUCCACUUGUCCCCCAGCAUUGAACAAACAAUGACCCAGCACACCUCCAGGCUGUAUUAGGGCUAUUUGACCAAGAAGGAGAG